AUGAUGAUGCAGCCGCGAUUGGCCGUCCGCAACCGCUCAUCAAAGAGUGGCGACCUCGCAUUGGGCGUCGGGCCGGGGGCUGGCGGGGCAGCCGUGACUCGGGUCUUCUCACCCCGAUCCCCGCGUCUGCAGGUGCUGAAGAUCCUGCUGCACACGUGUGCCCAGGGCUCCCCCCAGUUUGUCCUGCAGCUGAAGAGGAAUGCCUGCUUCAUCCGGGAUGCAGCAGUGUUCACUGGGCCCCCAGACCCCCUCCAUGGCAACAGCUUGAACCAGAAGGUCCGGGCGGCCGCGCAGGACUUGGCCAGUGUUCUCUUUUCGGAUGCACCGCUCCCCCAGCCUGCCACGCUGCCCACCCGUCCCCUGCCUCCUGCGGGCAUGGGCUCCAGCCCCAGCCCCUGCGGCUCCUUGCAAGGAUUUGGCUUUAGCAGUGAGAAAAGCGGCUCCGCUUCGACGGGGGAAGCCCUGCUCAGCACCAUCCAGCGAGCGGCUGAGGCGGUGGCCCACGCUGUGCUCCCCAACCCGGAGGGGCCCCGGCCUCGCCGCAGGGAGCUCCACGAGGACGCCUACCAGCCCGUGAGAGCCCCCUCUCCCGCCAGGAGCCCAGCCAGGGCUGUGAAGCCACCAGCGGCCACUGCAGCGCACAGCACCCGAGUGAGCCACCAGCCAGGGCUGGCUGGGGGUGGCUGGGAGGAGGCGGACAGCGGGCACAGCUCCCAGGACUCCUCACAGGGGAACGGUGACUUGAGCCGCACUUCGGACUCUUGCAGCAAAUCAGGCAGCGACAGCCACUCCGGGGCCAGCCGGGAGCUGACCCACGUGGCCGAGAGGGUGGACGCUGACAGCCUGGGCGACUGUGUGCGGGAGGUGAGCCUGGUGUCGGCGCUGACCCGCGGCGCCAGGGUCUUCCUCACCAGGGAGGAAGCACAGCACUUCGUCAAGGAGUGCGGGCUGCUGAACUGCGAGGUGGUGCUGGAGCUGCUCAGCCGGGCGCUGGAGGACCCCAGUGACAGCGUCCGCAUGAGAUCCAUGUGCGCCAUCUCCUCCCUCAUGUGCUCCGACCUGCUCUCCCUGGACCAGAUCUUUGCUGUGACUCGGCAGCACCUGCAGCAGCUCAGCCAAGGCAGCCCUGGCCCCGUCGCCAACCGAGCAACAAAGAUCCUGCGGCAGUUCGAGGCUCUCUGCAGAGGUCAGCCCUCCCCAAAGAGCACGCGUCCGGACUCGGACUCCUCCGCCCUCGCCGUGGGCUCAGCUCUGUGCACUGGGGACCUGCUGACGGACAUCCCGCUCCUGGCAGGCGAGAGCAUCCUCACCCCCCUGAGCGCAGCCCCGCUCCCCGUGGCCGCGCCGGCCCGUGAUGAGGAGCAGGGGGUGGAAGCGGAGACCCAUGGGCAGCCCGGUGCCGUGGUGCCAGCCUGCCCCUGCGAGCAGGAGGCGGCGAACAGGCUGGCAGGGGACUUGGUGGGUGCCGCUGCGCCCUCCCGCAGCCUGUCCCUCUUCGCCGGCAUGGAGCUGGUGGCCCGUCCCGGUGCGGUGCUCUGCCCGGACUCUCCGCCGGCAGAGCCGCGGACACUGUCCCAGCCCCAGGACAGGCAGAUGGACACAGAGGGCAGCCGUCAGCCGUCAGCCUUCGCCUUUCUCAACAUGUAG